AUGAUGCCAAAGGAAGAUACAAGGAAGCCGGUAAUUUCAAUGCUCCUUGAAUCUACAACAAGUGAAGAAGACUAUAUACAAGGCAGUUGUGAAACGGAAUGUGCUUGCAAUUGUGCUCAAGAAGAGCUUACUGACGAAGAAGGAGUUCAUAUAAGGCUAGUAGAACUUCCCUCAGAACCAAUAUUUGAUUCGCUAGGAUCAGAGGAUACCAUUAAUUGGCCCGUUUGUGACACAGCUAAUUUAACGACUGACGUACAAGACACAGACCAGCUGUUUUUCGAUCAUCCACAUAUGGAGACGAGUUCAAUUGAUAAAAUAUAUGCCAAGCUCUACUCUAGAACAUCAGAAAUAAUGUAUUCUGUCAUAUAUUUUGGCAAAAAUAUUUAUGCUAAAUGUCACCAAGCCUACUGCUACGGCCUUGUAAAUUUAAGUGCCAAAUACCCAACUCUGGGCAGCUGGCUAUAG